AUGGAGCAACAGAACACUCACCCGCUUCUUCCCCCUGCUUUUACUGGUCAAUCGUUUGCAUCCACUUUUCCAGGUGCUGGAACUGUCAGUAAUCCGUUGUUAGCAUCUACUCUUCAUCAUCUUCAGGAACUCUCAGUUGUUCAGGGUGCAACUGGAUUGCUACCAAACAGUUCACAACUUACUUUAAGUAAUCAAUUUGCCACAGAAUUCAACAAUAUAGCAGCAGUAAGUUGGCCAACUCCUCCAAAUGCAAAUUCUGCUUGGUUUGAACAGGCAAAAGUUGCUGCCAUGUUACCUAUGUAUACGGUUUUCUCAGCUGGAGGUUUGAAACCCAAUGAAACAUCAGCUUUUGAUCGGAGACAGGUUGGUCGACUUGUUCAGAAAGAAGUAACUAAUAGUGUCAUUUCAUCUCCGUCGCUACCAAAACAUACAGGCUUUCUUGUUUCUGAAAGCGAUAAUAAUGCGUUCAGCUCACAGCCAUCUACACCGAAGCAGCUAGGUCAGCAAAAGAAAUACACUAUUAGUUCGGCUCAUUCCUCACCAUCUAGCGCAAUGCUUGUACUUGAUAAACAACCAAGUUCUAUUGAAAGUCAUUGUUCGACUAAACUCAGACCAUGCUCUAUAUCACCCAUGAAUACAUCCUCUAUUCCCAGUCAGUCAAGUGUUGGUUCAGUCGAUCAUUUACCAAGUUCUGCUGAAAGUGUACAUCCAGAAAUAGCGGAUACAAAACGGCCUUGUUCACAACAAAGUUGCUGCAGUUGCACUAUUAUUCAAAGAAAAGAUGCAUCAACUACUCAUUCUCCCAUAGCGGUUGCUGGUUUGGCUCACAAUAGGUCAAUGGAAUCUCAUAUUUUAACUUCACAAUCUAAAGCAGUUAGCACAACGAUUAGUGAUCGCCCAUCUGAGUCGCGUACUACUGGUCUGCAAACUGUUCAAGUUGAUGCCUCUUCCAGUGUUUAUAGAACUUCAACUCCAGCUCAGUCAUCGGGUGCGAUUGUUCACGAAAAUAGUAUGGACCAAAAUAAUUUGGAAGAUAUUCCAUGGUGCAGCAUUGAUUUUUCUGACAUCGACUUGUUUAACGGAUCAUCAGCUUCUGAAAAAGACGUUAUGCAUUCUGUUUUUGAUGAAAUGGAUCCAUCUGUGAUGCAUCGACUUUUUUUAAUUGAGCCAUCACUAGCGUCUAAUGGAUUAGUAUCAGAUGGUUCGAAAAUUACUAAGUUGCCUUUGAAUGUGUCGCAUCUCAUUACGCCGAAAAUUCGAGAAAAAAUUCGAUUGAGACGAGAUAAAGAGCUGGCUGAUGCGGAUAAAGAAUUGGAUAGGCUUCUUUCACUUGUUGCUAAAAAAGACGCUACCUCAACACCUCCACCUGCGCUUUUUAUGCCUCUGGAAGCGCUUAGCCCUAUUCUAAUAAAUAAUGACAAUUCUAGUGAUCGCAAAAUUAGUCUUAGUCCUGUACAGUUCACGCCUCCAGAUUCACCUACACCAUCUACUUCGGCCGGUGUUCCACCGUCAUCGAUCAGUAAUUUCUUCUUCCCUUCUUCCAGUUCUUUGAUCAGUACUGCCACUUCUCGUGCGCCAAGUAUUCACAGCGAGAACCUUCCUGCAAAAACACGCUUUGUGUUCAUGCCACCAGCAGAAAAAAAAAGGACAUCGAAUAAAGUGCCUGUUUAUAAGCAGAAAGCAAAAUCUUGUUUCCAGUCGGUGAUCAAAACUGAAGAACAUGCUCCAAGUGAUGAGUAUAGUUUUACGGAUGAUGAAGAAGAGGCUAAACCGUUACCGGUGAGUGCAACUGUAUCGGAUGCGCAGUCACAAGAACGAAGACUAGAUGCAGAAGUUGCUCAAAAACUUGCGCGAAUAAAUAGUACACAUCCAGAACAAAAGAUGAAACUUGAUAGUGAUGAGUCACAGUCCCAAGAUUUAUGGAGACAUGUUGUGCCUAAAAAACGGCAUUCAGCUGCGUCAGAAAGACCAUUGGUACCUUCAACUCCUUUGUUACCACCUGCAUCUGUAAAUGAACAUGUCAUGGAUUCCUCAUCAAGUCAAAAAACAGUGAGGCUUCAAACAGUUGUCGAUUUUCUGUCACUUCGUAGGCAGCAUCGCUCCUCAUUUGGAUUUUUGAAAACAAAGUCGUUAUCUGAUAAAGAAACGGCAAAGAAUAAAGAAUAUUUGAAACCAUCCGUUGUCACAAUUAAGGAAGAACCUAAAGACGAUAGUAGCAUAAAAAGCAGAGUGGAAACACAGCAGCCUCUUCCUAAAUUGCUAAUACGGUUACCUCGUCGAUCAGUUGAUGAAAAUAACGUAGCUUAUGAGAAGUCAAGGAUGAAAAAACGAAAACGGAAAAGAAAAAAUAGUGAUCAUGAAUGGAUAGAUCCAGAAUCUAGGAAGAAAAAAAAGAAAAAACAUAAACAUAAGCAUCAUCACAAGAAUGCAACUAAUGAUGCUUCGGAUUGCGAAGAUGAAUCUGUGCAUAAACCGAGUGAACAGUGGAGUGCUCCUGAAACUUCAAACAAGGAAGCGGCUUUUUUCAGCAAAAAACGACGUCUUAUAAUGCACUGGAACGAAAGAGGAGAAAGUCGUGCAGAUUCAGACUAUUAUCGAGACCAGAAUUCUUUGGUAUCAUUUGAAAAUGGUGAACAAAGUAAUGUCGACAACGACUCAUCUCAACUCAGUGUCUUAUCUAAGUUUCACCCGGUGGAUGGACAUUUGGCAAAAGGAACAUUCAUAGUUUGCAAAAAUGAUAUCUUGAAAGAAGAUUGUCCUUUGUGGAAAGUUGACAACCAGAACUUACUACAGAAAUAUCCUCCAUUCAACAUCGACGGCAAAAUAGCUUACAAAAACAGUUCUACGUAUUCUGGUUGGUGUGAUCAGAUUGCUGAUAGUUACAUCGUAGUACGGGUUCGAUUCAUCAAGCACAGCCGUUCUGAGUCCAUUGUUGAGCCAGAAAUGUCGUUGUUGGACAUGUUUCCAGCAGUCAGUAUAGAAUAUGAAGAGCGGCCAUCACCGAGCUUAGAAAACGUGUCAGAGCAAAGAAAAAAUUUGUUCGUAGAUGAUCCAAUUCGAAAACAAAUGGCAGUUUAUAUAAAAGCAAUGCUUAAUCAUGCACUAGAUAUGACGUUCCUUCAAACUCUUAAACAAAAUAGUGACUGGAAUUAUUUAUGUGCUCUAAAUAGCAUUGAUAAUUUAAACCAACAGCACAAAGAAAAAGUGCGAUUUCGAGUAAAAUGGAUUCAGCGAUACUUGGAUUUGCUUCAUUUUUAUUCAUCAUGUGUUGUCUGCGAUUCGGAAGGCAGUGGUUUGAAUUGUCAGGCUUGUGGUAUUUUCGGCGUUGAAAAGGUUGUGCAACUGUUCUGUAAUGAAGGCUACGAUUAUGAUACACUCGAAGCUGAAGAAGUGUGCUAUACAGGAUCUGGAUCUCCUUUACAUGCAGUAGAAUAUUUAGUUUGUUCAUCAUGUGCAAAGCUGUCAAGAAUUUAUCAUAAGUUACAUCACAUGCGAUAUAUGCUGCUAAAGAUUUGCGAGGAUAAGCUCGAGAAAGUUAGUGUUGGAAACGCGGAUAUCUCUUCAGAAGUAGUUGUAGGAGCUUGUAUGAAUGACGUAAAGUGGCUACGAACAGUCAUUAAUGAGUAUGCAGAUCUUUGGAGAGAGAUUGAGAUGAAUGACUGUUGA